CAUUCCAAUAUUGCAUUGCCCCAAGCUCGGCCAUCUUAACCUAAUCGGGACCUGCCCCCAUUAACUCCUCAGCCGCCGCCGCAGACACUUCUAGAACGUUCUAGACUCGGCAUCCAGAAGAGGAGCAUGCUCUGAAGCAUGUUGAAGCUCUCAGCGUUGCUACUCGCGUCUUUCGUCUGCUAUAAUCAUGCUUUUUCUCAUAGUUUAUCAGCACACAAAGUCGCAGAGAGCGAAGCAGUACUCGACCCAGAAGGAGCCUUACUUCUAAAAUGGCGCGUGGACUACACCACAGAGAAGAUCUACUUCCAAAUCCUCAUCUCGGAGAAGGCACCGGCUUUGAACUGGUUUGCCCUGGGCUUCUCUGAUCGAGGGGAUCUGGAGAACGCCGAUAUAUGCCUCGUCUGGACCGAUUAUAAGGGCAAGGAUCAUUAUGAGGACAUGCACUCUGACGACGAAGGCAGGCUGGAGAGGGACGUGGAACAGAACUGCAACAAGUUCUACGUCGACAUCCGCGCCCGUAGCGUUUACUUCGAGCGGCACUUCGAUACUUGCGAUGAUGAUGAUUAUAUCAUCGAGGACGAGACAGUCCAUGUAGUCUGGGCUCGGGGAACAGACAAGCUAUACACAUCCACCGGGCUCUGCCUGCCUUGCGCCUCUUCCAAGGACCGAGGGUUCAUCAGGGUCCGCCUUUUGACCCCCCCAGCUCAACCUAAACCCCCCGCGAAGGAACUACACCUGUCAGUCCAGGGGGUCAAAGUACCAGGCACUGAUACCACGUACUGGUGCAAGGUGGUAAGACUGCCGAAGUAUGUGACGGACAAGCCGCAUCAUAUUGUACAGUUUGAAUCAGCUAUAACAGCCGGCAACGAGGGUUUGGUCCACCAUAUGGAAGUGUUUUACUGCGAUGCUGCCCCCACCGCUGACAUACCGCUGUACGAAGGAAACUGCUUUUCAGAGAAGCGACCUAAUGAGACAAAAGUGUGCUCUAAGGUAAAGGCGGCAUGGGCUAUGGGUGCGCCACCGUUCGUGUAUCCGGAGGAGGCGGGCUUGCCGCUCGGGGGACCGACGGCCAACAAAUACGUCAUGUUGGAGAUACACUAUAACAACCCGCAGAUGAAAAGUGAUUGGGUGGACAGCUCGGGUUUCGUGCUGCGCGUGACGUCACAAAGGAGGCCUCACGACGCCGCCAUCAUGGAGCUGGGGCUGGAGUACACCGACAAGAUGGCGGUACCGGGCGGGCAGAGCGCGUUUUCGCUCGACGCGCACUGUGUCCCGCAGUGCACGGGCGUGGGUCUCCCACACACCGGCAUCACGGUAUUCGGCAGUCAGCUACACACGCACCUCACGGGCGCGGCAGUGUGGACGCGGCAUGUACGCGCCGGUACAGAACUGCCGCUCCUUAACAAGGAUAUGCACUAUUCCACACACUUCCAGGAGAUAAGGAUACUGCAUCGACCUGUUACUGUGUUGCCAGGUGACUACCUACAAACGACAUGCGUAUACAACACCGUGUCGAAACGCAACGCGACGAUAGGCGGGCAUGCGAUAACUGAUGAGAUGUGCGUCAACUAUAUACACUAUUACCCCGCGACGCAGCUCGAAGUCUGCAAGAGCGCUGUCUCCAAUGCGGCACUGGAGGACUACUUCAGAUUUGAGAAGGAGUACGACUACAUGCCGAUAUCGUACACGGCAUCGCCACGACACAACUACCUGUCUAUACAACCGUGGUCGCCGCUGCGGGCCACGGCGCUACACGGGCUGUACACGGAGUCGCCGAUAUCCAUGCAGUGUAAUCGCUCCGAUGGGAAUAGAUUUCAGGGUGAUUGGGAAGGCAUUCGUGUACCCAAGAUCAGAUUUCCUCUGCCGCCGAAAAGACGAAAUUGUCCAAGAUUGUAUGAAUAAAUUAACUAUGAUAAUUUAUGACAAUGUAUAAAACUGCAA